UUUUGGUCAGCGCGUGAUGUCGAAAUGUUAUUUGCUUUAUUUACGCAUUUUUUCUCGAGCUAAGAAACCCAUUCUGUCUGUAUGAUCGCUCGGCGUGUUUGGUGUCAGUUUGAUUCUCUUUCAGUGCUGUAGAUGCAGUGGUCAUGGUGCUCAACCUGUGCUCGUCACACUUUCAGACCUCCAUUCAAUGCAACAAGCUGUGUGCCGACGGUUACGAUGUCUCCAACCUUCUCUCCGCGGAUCCGAUCGCACGCCGGAGGGGUUUCAAGCUUGAAUACUUCCUCCGGCCUCCAGUCCACGUCACACUGAGCUUCCAGGUCAAGAUGGAGCUGUGUCGGCUGGACGUCGAGCUUUGGCCGUGGGGAAUGGAUCAGGGCCGAACCUCGCGAAGGCUGGAGAUCCUAACGUGUUCAGAACGAGACGGCGAUCGGUUCGAACUUGUGUCUCGUUGUGAUUUGCAGGAGGAGCUGCAGGUGUGUUUCCUCAACCCUGCUUUUAAACCUCGAGCGCCGUUUUCCGAUGCUCCGCCGCAGACGCCGGUCGGAGCAAAAACGCAGGAGCUUUGGAGGCGCGGAUCGGUCGCGCAGCUCAGAGUCAGUGUUCCCUACAGCGGCGCCGCGUCAGCGCUCGGCAUCAAGACCCUCGCCGUGUGGGCUUUGCCUUCUCGCUGCUGUCCUGCAUCUGAACUGGACAAAAUUUGGGAUGCGCAUCUAAACAGCUUGAAAAAAACAGUCCAUCUGACCGUCGUACCUCCCAAACCAGAUCCCGUCCCAACCGAUAUCCCAAUCCCAGAGGAGUUUCUCGAUCCCUUAACACAAGAACUCAUGGUUUUCCCAAUGAUCUUGCCCAGUGGAAUGGUGAUCGAUAACAACACGUUAGAGGAGUACCAGAAGAGAGAAGCCACAUGGGGCCGUUUACCCAACGACCCAUUUACCGGCGUCCCUUUUACCCAGAACUCAAAGCCGAUUCCAAACCCUCUGCUCAAAUGCCGCAUUGACCGUCUGGCUCUGCAGACGGGAUGCACAGGAGUCAGGAGCAGGAAUAACCUAAUAGCUGAACCACAGCCAUCCAGACUCACAGUGGAGGCCAAAAGCGUCACAGACUCCAGUAGAAACUGUGAUCAUACAGACACUUUACAAGCACAGUCCUUCGCAUCGGUUUCAGAGUCUAAAACAGGACCUAAUGCCUGCAAAACAGGACGGACACAGAGCCAUUCUGCUAAAAGGAAGCACGACUGCAGUUUUCCUUCCACCAGCGAUGAUCCUGAUCGCUCUCCUUUGAGGAAAGCCCAUGAAACUCCCUCAGUCCAUCUGACCGUCGUACCUCCCAAACCAGAUCCCGUCCCAACCGAUAUCCCAAUCCCAGAGGAGUUUCUCGAUCCCUUAACACAAGAACUCAUGGUUUUCCCAAUGAUCUUGCCCAGUGGAAUGGUGAUCGAUAACAACACGUUAGAGGAGUACCAGAAGAGAGAAGCCACAUGGGGCCGUUUACCCAACGACCCAUUUACCGGCGUCCCUUUUACCCAGAACUCAAAGCCGAUUCCAAACCCUCUGCUCAAAUGCCGCAUUGACCGUCUGGCUCUGCAGACGGGAUGCACAGGAGUCAGGAGCAGGAAUAACCUAAUAGCUGAACCACAGCCAUCCAGACUCACAGUGGAGGCCAAAAGCGUCACAGACUCCAGUAGAAACUGUGAUCAUACAGACACUUUACAAGCACAGUCCUUCGCAUCGGUUUCAGAGUCUAAAACAGGACCUAAUGCCUGCAAAACAGGACGGACACAGAGCCAUUCUGCUAAAAGGAAGCACGACUGCAGUUUUCCUUCCACCAGCGAUGAUCCUGAUCGCUCUCCUUUGAGGAAAGCCCAUGAAACUCCCUCAGAGUUGGACUCACACGAGCGGCGGUUAGCGAACAGUUUAGAUGAGGCUCUGAACGCUGCUCUUCACGGGUUACCAGUGUUCACCUCCCCGAGCGAAACCGCUUCACGUGUGGACGCCUCCGCUGGUCGGCACGCGUGUGUGUUUUGCUCUUGUUCUCUGACGGUUUACUCGUCGAGCGUGGCGUCGUACUCUCUGCCCUGCGCUCAUCUCAUGUGUGGAGCGUGUUUGAGGCAGAAACACGCGUCUGGUUCUCGGAGACUGCAGAUUAAAUGCCUUGUGUGCGGCACGACUGCCUCCAGCAGAGACGUCACUCGAGUGCAUCACUGAACAUAUUCAUCAUGAGCUCAUUUGUUUGCAGAUUUUGUGUAUAGUUUUCAUUAAAGUUUUUGAAGAAGCUCGAAAAGGACUUUGUUAUUG